UCUAAAUUUUGAGUAAUAAUUUAUUAAAUAUUAACAUUUUAUAAAUAUUAUACAGAACGAAUAACUAAAAAUGGCAAAACAAAAUUAUAACUACGAAAAAAAUCGAAAUUAUCUUGAAGAUAUGAGCCAAUUAAUUGCUGAAAUAGAACGUCUAAAACCAGAACCAGAGGAGUGCAAUAUAUCAUGCCCACCAUUUGGAUGUCCUCUAGGACCUUGUCCAGGAAUGUGCUGUAAUAGUAACUCUUGUAACCCCUGUUGCGUUUCUAAAAAGCCAUCAGUAUCUCAACAGCAUGUUCAACUUUCAUCUUUCCCACAUAAAUUAGAAUUUUCAAAAAAUUUUAAUUAUCCAAGUACAUCUACUUCUCCUGAUGCUUGUCUCGUACGAAAUUUACCAUGUGAUGCAGUAGAAUUAACGCAGAUAUGCUAUCCUCCAGUUGUACCACGACCUAAUUGGGAAACUUCAGCAAUAGAAAUUCUAGAAAAUCCUGAUUACACACCGCGAUCAAAUUAUUAUUAUCAACGAAAACCUUUUCGAUCUCACUGCCCACCGAAUGGCCCACAAAAUUGAAUCACAAUAUUUAUUACAUUGAAAGCUUUGUUAAAAAAUUGAAUGAAAUAAUUAAAAACGAUCAUUCUUAAAUAUUAAAGAUGUUAAAAAAUUAUCAGAAGUUUUUAGAUCAAAAUAAUAUAUAAUAAAUAGAAUUAUAAAACUCAUGGGCGAUUAUCUAUUGCAAAGAAUACAUACAAUAAUUGAAUGAUUAAUUCAGCUGGUAAAGGUUUUAUGGAGACAGUGGUAUUAGAUAAAUUACCUCUGAUAGAGUUAUCAGAACCAAUAAAACCUGAAGUAAAAAUUGCUCCAAGCAUCAUGGACGACAUUGACAAGUCAAAUAAAUCAACGGUAAAAUAAAAAACUUUCCAGGACAGAUUCUAGUUUUACAAUGCCAUCAAGUAUUGUUUACUCGACCUACAUACUUGAUUUUGAUGUUUGUUUCCGGCAUGAAAUUGAAUUUUUAAACAAGAAAGAUGUAUUUUAAAAUUAUAAAUACAAGUGAUUGUAAAUAUUAUGGAGUUAGAGUAAUUGAAUUGGAAUUUAUAACU